UAUAAAAGUAUAUUAUAUCUCAAUGUUUGUGAGAUUCGAACCCACAAACUUUAAACUGUGACGCAUCUGCUUAUAUAUUCAUUAUCCGCUGCUCCUUAACUGAUACAUCUUAUGAAUAAUAAAGCUGAAGCAAACUAUCAUAACUGCGGGAUACUAUUACUAUGAAUAACGAUCUCGACGAAGAAGCAUCAGCAGCUGUAUCGCAGCAGUGGGCUGCCAUUGACAGACUGCCGACACUUGAAAGGCUGAGAUCUUCGUUGUUUGUUGAAAACAUUGAAGAAUCCGGCGAUGAUAAAGCUGAAAACGUCGUCAUCGAUGUAUCCAAGCUCGGCCAGUCGGAGAGACGUGGGUUGGUGGAGAAGCUUAUUAGGCACAUCGAGCACGACAACCUUCGACUGUUGCGGCAAAUCAGGAAGAGAAUGGACAAGGCUGCAGUGGCAUUUCCGACCGUGGAAGUGAGGUACAGAAACUUGAAGGUGAAAGCUGAGUGUGAGGUUGUGUAUGGGAAGCCACUCCCAACUCUCUCCAAUUCCCUCAAAAGCAUCAUCAUGGAUGGUGCGAGGCUUCUUGGUCUGCCGUCGCGAGAGGCUCAGAUAAACAUCAUUAACGAUGUCAGUGGUAUCAUCAAGCCCGGAAGAAUGACUCUAUUACUUGGUCCUCCUGGAUGUGGGAAGACUACAUUUUUGAAAGCUCUUUCAGGAAAUUUGAACAAAUCACUCAAGGUUGAGGGUGAGAUCUCAUACAAUGGACAUAAACUUGAGGAGUUUGUAGCACAGAAAACUUCAGCUUACAUAAGCCAAUAUGAUCAGCACAUCCCUGAAAUGACUGUCAGGGAAGCACUCGAUUUUUCAUCUCGCUGUCAGGGAAUUGGAAGUCGAGCAGAAAUUUUGAUGGAGCUCAUCAGGAGGGAGAAAGAAGCCAAAAUUGUUCCGAAUCCGGAUGUAGAUGCUUACAUGAAGGCUAUUGCGUUGGAAGGGCAGAGGACAACUCUUCAGACAGACUACAUUUUAAAAAUUCUUGGGCUUGAUAUUUGUGCUGACACGCUUGUUGGAGACGUCAUGAGGAGGGGCAUCUCUGGUGGUCAGAAGAAAAGACUAACAACAGGUGAGAUGCUCGUUGGACCGGCCAGAGCUUUCUUCAUGGAUGAAAUCUCAAAUGGCUUAGACAGCUCGACAGCGUAUCAGAUUGUGUCAUGCCUUCAACAGCUAGCCCACAUCACCGAUGCAACAAUACUCGUUUCACUUCUCCAGCCAGCACCAGAAACCUUUAGUCUCUUUGACGAUGUCAUUCUAAUGGCUGAGGGAAAGGUCGUCUAUCAAGGACCGCAAACUAAUGUUCUAGAAUUCUUCGAUAGUUGUGGAUUUAAGUGUCCAUCUAGAAAAGGAGUGGCCGAUUUUCUCCAGGAGGUUCUCUCAAGAAAAGAUCAAGAGCAGUACUGGCACAAAACUCAACAAACAUACAGUUAUGUUUCAAUUGAUAUGUUGUCAAGGAAAUUUAAAGAGUCAGUUCACGGGAAGAAGCUUAGCGAGGAGCUUGCUUUGCCGUUUGACAAGUUCAAAAGCCACAAGAAUGCGAUUAAUUUCAGCGUGUAUUCCCUUUCGAAAUGGGCUCUAUUUAAAGCCUGCAUGUCAAGGGAAUUUCUCCUUAUGAAAAGGAACUCUUUCAUUUACAUAUUCAAAUCCGUUCAGCUCAUCGUUAUGGCAACUUUCACCAUGACUGUAUUCUUGAGGACACAGAUGGGAACUGACCUUCUCCAUGCCAACAAUUACCUAGGAGCUCUUUUUUAUUCUCUCAUCAUUCUUGUUGUUGAUGGGCUUCCUGAAGUCACAAUGACGGUUGCAAGACUCGCUAUUUUCUACAAACAAAGAGACUUGCACUUCUACCCGGCAUGGGCAUAUGCAAUUCCAGCUACUAUUCUCAAGAUUCCUCUCUCGUUGUUGGAAGCAGCCAUCUGGACAUCUCUUACUUAUUACACAAUUGGCUAUAGCCCGGAAGUGGGGAGGUUUUUCCGGCAAAUGGUGGUGUUCUUUGCAGUGCACUUCACCUCUAUAUCCAUGUUCCGUUUCGUGGCAGCAGUUUUCCAGACUAUGGAGGCAUCUGCAACAGUUGGUUCUUUGUCAGUACUAUUCGUAUUGUUAUUAAGUGGCUUUAUGAUCCCAAGACCAUCAAUGCCAAUUUGGUUGAAAUGGGCAUUUUGGAUUUCUCCUCUAUCAUAUGGGGAGAUAGGCCUCUCGACGAACGAAUUUCUUGCUCCAAGAUGGACAAAGCAGGCGUCUGGCAAUACAACCGUAGGACAUAGAACACUUGAAAGCCGAGGGCUAAGCUUUGAUGGACAUCUUUUCUGGAUAUCGUUGGCUGCUCUGUUUGGAUUUGCAGUACUCUUCAACAUUGGUUUUACACUAGCCUUAAGUUUCGUGAAAGCUUCCAAUUCUCGUGCUAUUAUUUCUAUGGAAAAACUCUCUGAGCUACAAGGUAAAGAACUGGUCAAUAAAGCCGGAACAAAGAAACAGCUCGACGUCUCUCCUCUUAGCCCAACUGCAGCAUCUAGUAGAGGUAGAAUGAUUUUACCAUUUGAACCUCUAAGUAUUGUGUUUCAAGACGUGCAAUACUACGUCGAACCCCCUAAGGCAAUGAAGGAGCGUGGAUUCUCUCAGAAAAGACUCCAGCUUCUUCACGAUAUCACUGGUGCAUUUAGGCCCAGUGUGCUUACUGCACUCAUGGGUGUCAGUGGAGCUGGAAAAACGACACUUCUUGAUGUUCUUGUUGGUAGAAAAACUAGUGGCAUUAUUGAAGGAGUGAUAAAAAUCGGAGGGUAUCCUAAAGUUCAGAGAACAUUUUCUCGAAUUUCAGGCUACUGUGAACAAACAGACGUACAUUCACCUCAAAUCACUGUGGAAGAAUCGGUUGUUUUCUCUGCCUGGCUACGUCUUCAUCCUGAAAUUGAUCCCAAGACAAAAUUCGAAUUUGUGAAAGAAGUUCUUGAAAUAAUUGAGCUUGAUGGGAUCAAAGACACUUUAGUAGGCACACCAGGUGUUGAUGGUCUUUCGACUGAGCAACGAAAACGGUUGACGAUUGCAGUGGAACUUGUUGCUAACCCUUCUAUUAUCUUCAUGGAUGAGCCUACAACUGGAUUGGAUGCUAGGGCGGCUGCAAUUGUUAUGCGGGCGGUCAAGAAUGUGGCUGAUACUGGGAGAACGAUUGUUUGCACCAUACAUCAACCAAGUAUUGAUAUAUUUGAAGCAUUUGAUGAGUUACUACUCUUGAAAAGUGGAGGACGAAUGAUCUAUUGUGGGCCAUUGGGUCGUCACUCCUCUAAAGUAAUUGAAUACUUUGAGGCUAUCUCUGGUGUGCCAAAAUUCAAAGAGAGCUGCAAUCCUGCAACAUGGAUGUUGGAGGUCACUUCUGCUUCAUCUGAAGCUGAACUUGGUGUAGACUUCUCCCACAUUUACAUGAAUUCUUCUUUACAUGAGAAUAACAAAGAAGUUGUGAGGAAGCUGAGUACACCACCUUCUGGUUCAAAAGAUUUACAUUUUCCGACGCGCUACUCUCAAAAUGGUUGGGGACAGUUCAAAACUUGCUUAUGGAAGCAGUAUUGGUCUUACUGGAGAAGUCCUUCAUACAACUUGCGUCGUUGGACCUAUAUGCUCAUUGCAUCGUUUCUCUUUGGUAUUUUGUUCUGGGGUCAAGGCAAGAAAAUAGAAAAUCAGCAGAGUCUUCUGACUCUAGUUGGUUCGAUGUAUAGCUCAAUAAUCUUCUGUGGCAUAAAUAAUUCUUCGUCGGUGUUGAAGUACAUCAGCAUAGAGAGAACUGUUGUCUAUAGAGAGAGAUUUGCAGGAAUGUAUGCUUCAUGGGCUUAUUCAGCUGCACAGGUGAUAGUGGAGGUCCCGUACGUGUUAGCGCAAUCACUUGUAUUCACAGUCAUCACAUAUCCAACGAUCGGGUACUAUUGGUCGGCAUAUAAGGUCUUUUGGUACUUCUAUACUAUGUUCUGUACACUGUUGUACUAUACUUAUCUUGGAAUGUUGCUGAUUGCAAUAACCCCAAGAUUCCCAGUAGCUGCAAUUCUGCAGUCAGCUUUCUAUACGACGUUCAACUUGUUUGCUGGAUUUCUAAUUCCUCGCCCGCAAAUUCCCAAGUGGUGGAUAUGGUUCUAUUAUGUGAUUCCUACUUCUUGGUCGUUGAACGGUGUGCUUACGUCACAAUUCGGAGAUAUUGAGAAGGAAAUUUCAGUAUUCGGACAAAAUAAGACCGUGGUUGCAUUUUUAAGAGAUUAUUUUGGAUUUCGCCACGACAUGUUACCUUUGGUGGCUCUUGUUUUGAUUUUGUAUCCUAUAUUUUUUGCUUCUCUCUUUGCAUAUUGUAUAGGAAAGUUGAACUUCCAAAGGAGGUGAAGAUUUGUAUGGUUAUAUAUAUAUAUAUAUAAGUGAUAAUUAUAUGAUUA